AGUUCAUUGUUGCGUUUGUGUAUCAUUUUGCUUAUCGAAUUUCAAAACCACAUUAUGGUGUACAUUUAAAACCGACGACUUUUCCUUCGUAAUCGUUCUUUGUCUUGCUGUAAAAGUGCGAUAUUUGUAAAUCUCCGUUAUUAUAAUAUGACGGAAGUUGUCUCCAACACAGAAGAGUAUUUAUAUACCGCUGAGGAAGAGUUAUUAUAUAAUGUGGUGGAGACUAUAACUGUUAAGGAUGACGAGCCAACGUCCCAGUUAUACGAGGAAACGGUCAUAUCUCACUCUACUGCUAUACAAAACGAUAGGGAUCUCGUUCAUAGUGACUUCAGGCGGAGAGAAAGCAGCAGAAGUGCCAGCCUCCCCCCACCUAGCAGACUCUACUCUGAUGUGCUGAUGGUGAGAGAACAGCUGGGUGAACCCACACACGUGACACACACUCCCAUGAAACGCAUCUCUGUCCAGGAGAGUAACUACACUCUUCACAAGUUACAGAAUGAGAACAGUUAUCAAGAUACACUGCUGCUAAAUCAAUGCUUACAAGGCGACUUUAAUGAGGGCGACUCUAGUGAGGGCGACUCUAAUGAGGGAAGUGAGAGUGAUGAGGAACUGGAGGAUUUACCCCGGUUCAGAACCCGGCUGUCAGCGUGCGGUCCUCGAGCUAAAGAAAGUGCACGUGCCGGACGUGCCAUCAGAUCGGGAACUCUUAGUGGGGACGAAAUUGAAAUCCUGCGAAACGGUCAUGAACAAGACCACGGGAUCCCGAUGCUCAACGAACUCCGCGAUACCAUCCCUAAGCUCACUAUCACAGAACCUGGUAACUCCAUGUUUUACGAAACAGCUUUCCCGCUCCACACCCCAAAAUCCACUGCUAACUCCGACAAUUCUUGUUACGAGAACACGGACUACUUCACCAGGAUGGUUAUACCCGUGGAUGGUGAUGAUCAGAAACGGCUGACUAUAAGCGUGGAACACUACACGUCAGUCCUCAUUGAGGAGGAAGGUUGUGAUGAUGAUCCCAUUUACUCGCAGCCGAUUAAACCUAAAACUAAAAAGAUAAGCAGGAGUGAAUGCGAGGAUAUUCUGGAGAAGUGUAACGUAGGAGACUUCAUGUUCCGACGAAAUAAGGAGACGACCAUUUUGUCAGUCAAGGUUCAUACGAAAGUGAAACACAUCAAGCUAGAGUUCGAUAAAGACAGUGUUAAAGUCGGAAAGGAAUCCUUUAACUCCCUCUCGGAAAUGAUAAAGUUUUACAAAACAUCUGUCCCCGUUUCUCUGGUGACCGAGCCCGUUUUCCUGGUAGAAGAAAUUGACUCACAAGGUCAGGGGAAAUGAAUAUCGUCAUGAGUUACUAUUUAUACUCCUUCUUGGACCUGACCAUGGUAUUUUACUGAGAGCUAACUGUUAUUCUGCUGCAAUUCUGCUGCUAUUCUGGUGUUCUGUGGAGGAUGUGUUCAGGUGGCUGCAACUGCUGAUACCCCCUUGUUACGUCCUCUCAAAACGUCGCCCAAUGACCUGGGAUGAAACACAAAAUUAGAAUCAAUCACGACAACUAUAUAAUUACUUGGUGAUCCCUGGUUACCACCUGAUUUAUAUUUCCGUAGUUGCGACAAUUUGGUCUUUUGUCUGCAUAUUAAUUCUACCUCUAAUAGCAAUUGUCGAGUUGGCUCUAAUUGAUCACUAGAAUGUCAUAGUGAUUUAUGGUCUGAUUAUCGAGUUGAUUUUCGAAAAUAUCGGUUAUUUUAAGUAACAAUCAAAUU